CCUACUCUUCUCCUGCCUGAAGAACAUUCUUCAAUCUUGGCGCACAUCCUAUCCGUGAGGAAGAAGAAGCUGGAGAGGGGUUGCAAUGGGGUGCAUGCCUACCGUCGCCAUGCUGCUCGUGCAGAUUGGCUUCGCAGGCAUGAAUCUGCUGUCCAAGAUGGCGUUGGACAACGGCAUGAGCCCCUACGUGCUCGUCGCCUACCGUAGCCUGGUCGCCGCCGUCUUCCUCGCACCCUUGGCCGUUUACUUCGAGAGGGAUAUGUGGAAGCUGAUGACCAAGAAAGUAACUAUCGAGAUAAUCCUUUCCUCCAGUCUCGGCAUGACACUGUGCGAGCUGCUCUUCUUCGUGGGGUUCCAGUCGACGAGCGCCACCGUGGCAUCGGCGAUCGUCAACAUCGUCCCGGCGCUGACCUUCGCCAUUGCCGCGGCUCUCAAGAUGGAGCCGUUCCGGCCCAGGACGGCCGCCAGUCAGGCCAAGGUGAUCGGCACGGUCGUCUGUGUCGGCGGCUCCAUGGUCAUGCCCUUCUACAAGGGCCCGCAACUCAAGCUCUGGGAUUCCCCGAUCCAUUGGCACUACGCGGAGCACGCGGUGGCCGCUGCCGCGCCGGCUCCGGCCAGUAGCGCGGUCGGCGACGUCCUCAUCAUCCUUAGCGCCGUCUCCUGGGCCGGCUGGCUCCUCAUGACGAACAAGACGUCGGAGAGUUUCCCGGCGCCGUACACGAGCACGACGAUCAUGUCCCUGAUAGUCGGGGUGGAGUGCGGGGCAGUAAGCGCCGCCGUGGACCGGAGCCUCUCGGCGUGGAGCCUCGGGCUCGGCAUCAGGCUAUACUCCGUCCUCUACAUGGGGAUCAUCGGCUGGGGUGUCACGUUCGCGGUGAUGACGUGGUGCAUCCAGGUGCGCGGCCCGCUCUUCGUGUCCAUGUUCAGCCCCGUGGUGCUCGUCGUCGUCGCCCUUCUCGGCUGGGCUUUCCUCGACGAGAAACUGCACCUCGGAAGUGCUAUUGGUGCCGUGCUCAUUGUUGUCGGGCUGUACAUGGUGCUGUGGGGCAAGGGGAGGGAGAUCAUCAGCAGGCCGGCCCAACUCCACGGCAACCGGGCCAGCAAAGAAGGCCUGGGAUCGAAAGAGAAUGACGCGGAAAACGGCGGCGAUGCGGAAAUCUUGGUGGUUUGAUCCGAGCGUACGUUCCCAUGCAAAUGAAACGACGGGGAAUCAAAUCAAAGAUGGAAGGAAAAGAAGUGACUCGUAUUUGUGUUUUAGUUCGAGACGAAAAGAAGAAGAAGUUUAAUGCAUGUUGUUUUGUACUAGAAUAAAUCAUGGGGUGAU